AUGGCAACAGUUUCCGUUUUCCCUUUCUCCGUCAGAGAAGUCUCCAACGAACGCGUCAAACUUAUCCCCUUCAACCCAGACCAGCACUGCGAGACCUUCUUCCGUCUAUCAUCCCCGCCAAACCCAGAUAUCUACACGCAUAUACCAUUAAGCCCCCCAAGCUCAGCAGCAGAACUCAAAUCCCUGUUCUACAGUAAUUCCACAAACCAUGUCCUCUCAUUCGCAAAUCCAGAAUCAUUUUCCUUCGCCAUCAUCGACAAGACACGGCCACCGUCGGCCGAAGACCCUGAAGGUGAACUAGCUGGCACUGUGAGCUUUAUCCACACGUCUACUACGCAUCUGUGUACGGAGAUCGGGUUUAUCGUCAUUCUCCCGCCGUAUCAGCGAAGCCAUGUGGCGACGAAUGCUGUUGGGCUUGCUUUGCAGCUUGGAUUUGGGUCUCCUGAGGACGGAGGACUGGGCUUACGCAGAGUAGAUUGGUUGACUAGCACUAUGAAUGGUGCUAGUGCUGCGCUUGCGGAGAGGAUGGGAUUUGAGAGGGUUGGGAUCACGCCAUGGCAUAUGCGGUUUGUUAAAGGGAAGAUUAAUGGGAAAGUGGGGAAUGGUAGAGCGCCGCCACCGGGAGGUGAUCCGGAGGAUCUGUGGAGAGAUUCUUUGAGUCUUAGUCUGUCGUGGGAUCGGUGGGAAGACGGCACGAAAGAAAGAGUGGAGAAGGAAAUGGCGAGAUGA